UCUCCUGAAGCUCUGCCGCCAUCAGUGAAAGACAAAGACAGAGUUUAUUGAAGGACAGUGAGAAGAUGAGUGAUCCAGAACCCUGCAGAAUUAAACAGGAAGAGACUGAAGAACUAAUAGAUGUGAAGGUGAAGGAGGAGAGCGAAGAACUGAGUGAAGAUGAGGAGAAACAUCAUGUCAAAACUGAAAUCGAAGCUCAGACAAAGACUGAAGAUAAUUUUUUAAUGAGAAGAACAGCUGUAAAAUGUUUUACCUGCACUGAGUGUGGAAAGAGUUUCAGCCAUGAAGGCAAUCUCAAGCGUCACAUGCUGAUCCACACUGGAGAGAAACCUUACAAGUGUUCAUAUUGUGAGAAGAGCUUCAAUUGUUCAGGAAACCAGAAAAAACAUGAGAGGAUCCACACCGGAGAGAAAACACACAAGUGUGAUCAAUGCAGGAAAACAUUUUUGAGUUCUUCAGAUCUGAAGAACCAUCUUGAAGUUCAUACAAAGGAGAGGCCUUACUCAUGCGCUGAGUGUGGAAAGAGUUUUACUCAGCCAUCACAUUUUAAAGACCAUCAGAAGAUCCACACCGGUGUGAGAGAGUUUGAGUGUUUGACAUGCAAUAAAAACUAUUUCACAUCUGGAGAAUUGAAACAACACCAGAAGAUCCACACUGGAGAGAAACCGCAUGUGUGUUCACACUGCAGCAAGAGAUUUACUACAUCAAAACAGCUGAAAGUACAUGUGAGGAGUCACACUGGAGAGAAACCGUACACGUGUACUCAGUGUGGGAAGAGCUUCACACAAUUAUCACACCAUAUAUCUCACACGAGGACACACACCGGAGAGAAACCGUUCGUUUGUUCUCAGUGUGGGAGAAGUUUCACACAAUUAUCACACCUUAAAAGUCACAUGCUGAUCCACACUGAAGAGAAAACACACAAAUGUGGUCAGUGCGGGAAAACAUUUCUAAGGCCUUCAGGUCUAACAAAACAUCUACAAAGGAGAAACCGUAGGUUGCACUCAAAUUAUGCUAUCUGAACCGUGCCCAGGCCCAUUUCACGGAUCGUUUCGGAAGUGUGAGUGCUCUCAAUCGAGCUCAUGCACAGUUCAGUUGGCCGGCCCUGGCCCAUUUGCUAGAGGUGUGCCAGAGCGCGGUUUACUUGGGCUUUGGCGUGGAACGCUUGUGGUGUGCAAAGCGUGCCUGAGCCUGAAACCAAAGAUGUAACGUCACUUUUAAGGGACUGGUUGAUAUGGAUAAACUAAUCAUUCUUACUAUUCAAUGAACGCAAACGAUCGUAGAUUAUUAAAGACGCAAACCCCUCACUUCACGACAGGUGCACCUUCAGCAAACCUCCUAAUACCUGCAGCUUGAGGACUUAAUGAUUGUUUAUAAGCUUCAAUAGUGGCUGAUCUGUUUGGAGAAAUAUUUCACUGCAUAUCAAAUGACUAAAAUGAGACUGAGUGAGAGCGCUUCUCCACUGAACAGCGCAUCAUCGAUGACAUAAGUGUGCUUGGGUGCAAAUGCGAUGUGAGUGCAGGCUGUCGGGGGAGAUGGGGGG